AUGGAUUCACCCUUGAUUGUUGACUUUGAGGUAUCAAACGGUGAUACAAAUGGUAUCCCAUUUUGGUUACGUGAUGUCUUUGACCGUGCAUUAGAUGCUGCAGGACUCGGCAAUCGUCUGGCAUCCGACGAUGCGAUUGCUAACUUAGUCAAAGUUGAUCCGACACAAUUGAUAGACAAGGAAUGUGCGAUAUGUUACGACAAAUUUCAAAUGGAAAAAGUAGAGGUUAAAGAGUCUCUGGAACAACAUGAUAAUGAGAAACGCAAGGAGUUGUUACAGCAAGACAAGGAGUUCAAAGAGAAACUUCGAGACGAGUAUGGGAUACAGCUAGAGUGCAUUUUCAAAUCAUCAACUUUUAAAGAUCCUCCCUUGUUUUUACCUACAGAUGUUGGGUGUAGCAUGUACAGUAGGUUCCCGCAGCGAAACUUGUCAACUUUUGAGUCUGUAACAAUGGAUGACCAAUUCCCCGGAUAUAGCAACGAUAGCACGGAAAGAAAAGAAAAGAGGAUUGAGCAAUACAAACGGGAAGGACAUAUUGCUGUGAAAAUGCCAGAGUGUGGACACAUUUUCGGAUUAUCAUGCAUUGUUGAGUGGUUGAAAGCACAUGUUUCUUGUCCCUUGUGUCGAAAAGAGGUUGAGGCUAGGAAGAAUGAUCCAAGUGUUUCACGAAGAGAAGAUAUUGAGGAAAAUGUGGUUGCUAACUAUAAUAACGAAUCUGAGAUUGUUGAGCAUUUGAUUAAUCAUUCAACUGAUGUAUUCCGUCCAUUCAGACGGCCAUUCAAUCCACGAAUAACUCCCGUUACUGACUCCUACAUGGAUCAAAACUGGGCCACACCACCUUACCAAUCACGUCCAAUUCAAUCUAGAGAUCCCAGCAUUGUGUUGCCGAAACGGUUCCCAUUCCCUGAACCAUUUGGAGGUUCCAGUUUAUCGCGCUUGCGAAGGGGUUCUCGAGAAUCAAGGCGAGUUAGAAGGGCGAGAUCAAUGAAUGAUAAUGACGAAGAACAGGAAGCGCGUAGAAGAAGAAGUGGGUCAAACGAGUCAGGAAGAAGCGCACGAAGGGUGAAUUUUUCACCUCAUACUACAAACAUCGACGAUCUACACGAUUCGAGUGAUAACGAUAUGGAUUGA